UAGGAUUCCCAUCUCCUUGUGUAUACGUACGAGAAAAGCAAGUGCAAGUGGGGUCUAUCUUAUGUAGUCCAGUAUCUGUAUCUGCACUUAUAUAUACACCCAUAAAUCAUUGCUCCUCCCAAUCAAUUCAUAGUUCCUCCAAUGGCAAAAAAAACGGCCCCAACAAAUGGGAUUUUCUUGGCAUCUCUCCUGCUUCUUGGGGUUAUCUCCUGCUUUCACCUACAGGUUGUUGCAUCAAACUCUCUGGCACGGCAGGAAUCUGGUAUCCUUCAGGAAUCAAUUGUUAAAUCAGUCAACAACAAUCCAAAAGCUGGAUGGAAAGCAUCCAUGAAUGAUCGAUUUUCCAACUACACUGUUUCUCAAUUUAAGCAUAUUCUCGGAGUCAAACCAACACCACCUGGGGAGCUACAGAGCAUUCCUGUUAAGAUCCAUUCAGAAAUACUGAAGCUACCUAGUGAAUUUGACGCGAGGACUGCUUGGCCUAAAUGUAGCACCAUUGGAAAUAUUCUUGAUCAGGGACACUGUGGCUCUUGUUGGGCUUUUGCUGCUGUGGAGUCGCUCUCUGAUCGAUUUUGCAUCCAAUUUGACAUGAAUAUAUCUCUAUCUGUUAAUGACCUUCUAGCAUGCUGUGGUUUUUUGUGUGGGGAUGGUUGUGAUGGUGGUUAUCCUAUCGCUGCAUGGAGAUACUUCAAGCGCUCUGGAGUUGUCACUGAAGAGUGUGACCCCUACUUUGAUCAAACUGGAUGCUCACACCCUGGCUGUGAACCUGCAUAUCCCACACCAAAGUGUAAGAGACAGUGUGUCGAUGGGAAUCUGCUCUGGAAAAAAUCAAAACACUUCAGUGUUAGUGCCUAUAAAGUCCAAUCAGAUCCCAGCAAUAUCAUGAAAGAAGUUUAUAAAAAUGGACCUGUUGAAGUUUCAUUUACUGUAUACGAGGAUUUUGCUCACUACAAGUCUGGAGUUUAUAAGCACCUUACAGGUGAAGAAAUGGGUGGCCAUGCCGUCAAACUAAUUGGAUGGGGAACUAGUGAUGAGGGAGAAGACUACUGGCUUAUGGCAAAUCAAUGGAAUAGAAGCUGGGGUGAUGACGGAUACUUCAAGAUCAGAAGAGGAACUAAUGAAUGUGGCAUCGAAGAGGAUGUGGUAGCAGGUUUACCUUCAACCAAAAAUGUUGUGCAAGAGAUGACAAAUGUUGGCGGUGCUUUUCUUGCUGCAGCUUAAAACCAAAUCUCGGUAUCAAGUACUUCCUUGCGUAAAGCAUCACAUGUCCACGAAUAAUAAGAUAUGAAUUUGGAAGCAUCUCUUGCGCAUUCUUGUGUUUAAAUUAUUAACAGACAAAAACGCGCUGUAUUCCUAGUAAUUGUAUCUCGAUCCAUCUUGUACAGACUAAUUCCAUGGGGUAAUACAAUAUACAUGCAUCCUUAUAUACUUAAA